GCCUUAAAAAUUAUCUUGAAAGCAAAGCAAACUCCGCUCCCUCUCUGGGACCUAUUCCAUCACGAGCCAUCUGAAAAUGCCAAUUCCCGUAUACACCGCCACCACUCUCAAAGAUGGAACGUCCAGCCGACGCUUAUGCGCCUUCUUUUUUCUUCCUCAGUGAGCAUGAACCUCGACAAUUCACAGUCUAGCGGCAAUAUGGACAUGGGUUUCUCCCGUUGGUUUCUCGUUCUCAGUCUUUUGCAACAAUUGUUUGGUUUGAAUUGUGCUCAAUUAUUGAUGCAUGGUGAGUCUACUACCAACUAUGUUUCUGCCAUAGGGGACCCUGGAAUGAAAAACCCAAAUGUCAGAGUUGCUUUGGAAGCUUGGAAUUUCUGCAACGAAGUGGGCUUUGAAGUUCCUAACAUGGGUAGCCCCCGCUGGGCUGACUGCGCUGAUCUUGACUGUUCUUCCAACACUGGUCAUCUGGGUGACGGCCUUGUUGAUGAUGGAAGUCAGUGCAGAGUACUUCACCAAGUGAAUGACUCUGACAACAGCUUAAGAGCUGGUGAUAAGUUUCCUAUAAUGGGCUUUGAGUCUUACACUGACCCUGACCUGUUUGCAAAGGAGAAAGAACUGUAUCUUGGAUCUUUAUGUGAGGUACGGGAAUCCCCAAAUCCCUGGCAAUUUUGGAUGAUUAUGGUUAAAAAUGGAAACUUUGACAAAAAUACUACUCUUUGCCCUGAGAAUGGGGAAAAAGUAAGUAAAAUAGUAACAGACAGAAACUUUCCCUGUUUUGGUGAGGGAUGUAUGAAUCAGCCACUUGUUUACCAUAAGUACUCAAUAUUGGAUUCCUUUGACGACCAGAAGGUUUAUUUAACUGGAGAAUUUUAUGGAACAUAUGACCUUGAUGCCAACUUGAGUGAAGGUGUGGGAAACAACUCCUUUUUUUCAGUCUCAUGGAAGAAGAAUACAAGCACAGGGAGUUGGAUUUUUUCUCACAGGUUGACAACAUCAACUAAAUAUCCCUGGCUUAUGUUAUAUUUACGUUCAGAUGCAACAGAUGGAUUUAAUGGUGGUUAUCACUAUAAUGGACGCGGCAUUAUGAAAAAGUUGCCAGAAUCUCCAAAUUUUGUGGUAAGGCUGACACUUGAUAUCAAACUUGGAGGAGGACCCAACAGUCAAUUUUAUCUGCUUGACAUAGGAAGCUGUUGGAAAAACAAUGGAGAACCAUGUGAUGGUGACAUUCUGACAGAUGUGACUAGAUACAGUGAGAUGAUAAUUAAUCCAGCGACUACAAGCUGGUGCCAUGCAGAUAACUUGGUUUUCUGCCCACCUUACCAUAUCAGCCCUACCGGCGAGAUGAUAUAUAGAAAUGAAACAGAUCGGUUUCCAUAUUCUGCAUAUCAUCUAUAUUGCAGCCCAGGAAAUGCCAAAUAUCUGGAGAAACCAUAUGAUAUUUGUGAUCCAUAUAGCAAUCCACAAUCACAGGAGUUGGUGCAAAUUCUUCCACAUCCUGAAUGGGCUGUACAUGGCUAUCCUGAAAAGCAAGGAGAUGGAUGGAUUGGGGACUCAAGAACUUGGGAGCUUGAUGUGGGUGCUCUCUCAAGCCGUUUAUACUUCUACCAGGAUCCAGGAACAAAACCUUCAAGGCGCAUCUGGUCGUCACUCAAUGUUGGUACAGAAAUAUAUGUGAGCCGCACAGGGGAGACUGCAGAAUGGACUGUUAGUGAUUUUGAUGUGCUUGUUCCAGAAGUUAUGAAAAUGAAGCCAUGACAAUGAUUUGGUUGUGGUAGAGUGAUGUCUUUUCCUUAUGAUUUGUUCUCUGUCGGUUGCUUCGGCACCGUACGUGAUUUGUUCUUCGUCUGUUGCUUCGACGUCUCACGUGAUUUGUCGGCUGCUUUGGCACCGCACGUCAUUUGUUAUACUGUUGGUUGACCAUUGGAUGAUGAUUCUGAUAUUUUUCUAGGAUGACCACUCUUAUAUUGUGCUUCGUAUAAUUUGAUACGUCUUACUAUGCAUGCAAUAUAUUCUGACGAGUUGGUUAUUCGUAUAUAUUUAAGAUAUAAAUGAGUUUAUG